ACAAAGGUGCGCAUCUUCCCGAAGGAAAUUCCCCUGCGUGGACCACUGACCUCGCCAUCUCUCUCUCUCUCUCUCUCUCUCUCUCUGAGCCUCACCACCUUCUUCGCUACAAUCGGAAUUAGCCGUACAGCCUGCAACUUUCCUACCUUCUUCUUCCCCCAGACAUUCCACUAAACGAAGAAACACCACUCACCAUUACUCUCUCUCUCUCUCUCUUCAUUUUCCCGAGAAAUUAAUCAGCCGGCCCCCGCAACUCUGCAUCGUAGUUCGUUCAUUUGAAAGGCAACCGAAAUUAUGCUUCGUUGCUGCUUCAGAACCCGACAAAGUAUUCGGUUCCCUCUUCCUCGCCCCUUUUCUUCUUCCGGUCCUCCAUCCCAAAACUCUGCUCAACCCCCAAACCAUCUUAUCAAUACCCAUCAAGUUCCACAGCCGCCGAUUCUCCACCGUGAUCACGACGCCAACCAUCUCUCUCCUGUCCCCACCCGCUCCCUCUCUCGCAAUUCGGUCCUCGCCAUCUCCGCUGCCUUCGUUUCCGCUCUCGUCGCCUCCUACGCCCUUCUCUCCUCCGACCACAAGUCCGAACACGAAUCCCCCAAUCCAUUGUACGCCGGUGCCGAGCACGCCAUACAGAAGUCCGGCGACUCCUUCAAGAAGCUUUUCCAUCACGUUAAGCAGACCGGUGUGGCCGCCUCGAUUCUAUGGCAAUCUCUGAGGUCGGUCUUGUCCUCGGCCAAUCAUGAGGUCCGCUCGGGCUUCGAGCUUAGGGUCGCGGCUCUGCUCGCCGACAUUGCCGCCGCUAAUACGUCCCGUAGGGCCGCUAUCGUCGGGGCCGGUGGCGGGGCUGUCGUAGAUUGGUUGCUCGAGUCGGUGGCGGUGCCCAGGGAUGGUUGCGGGACCCAAGCGGAGUCGGCGAGAGCGCUGGCAUACUUGAUUGCCGAUCCUAAUGUGUGCACGACUGUGAUUGGGAGGCCUCAUGCAAUUCCGAAUCUCCUGAGGUUCAUUUCUUCGUGUCAUCCUCAGCGGUCGAAGCAGCAAUCAAGACGUAGUUCAUUCGAUGUUUCUGAUUCUUUGAAAGGCAGGAGCAUGCUUGUGGCUGCCAUUAUGGAUAUGGUCACCUCCAGUUGUGAUAGUUUAGACAAGGUAUCUUUUCAGUCCUCCUUACCAGGGAAUGCUGAAACUGGAGAUAUUGCUGCAGCCCUUCAAGUUGUUGAGGAAGGUGGAAUGCAUUUGGAUGAGCCCGAUAGAAAGGAAGAUGAUGAGGAUGGCGGAAAUGGACUGAAAGGAAUUGGGAUUAAAAUUCUUGGAGGUACUAGUGUUAUGGGACUGUCCAGGAAUAGUGGACUUAUGAAGUUGGGGCAUUGUGAUGCUAGUCACGAGGAAUCAACUAGGCACACUUCUCAAGUUUUUGUCUUACAAAAUAGGCAUGAUGGUUUACUACUGCAAACGAAUUUGGCUUCUGCUGUUGUUCCUGGUCUCUGGGAUGAUUUGCAUUGUGAACAUGUUGCUGUACCUUUUGCUACAUGGGCAUUAGCAAAUUGGGCAAUGGCAUCAGAGGUGAAUAGGUCCCAUAUUGAAGAACUGGAUCAAGAUGGUCGGGCUGUCAUGACUGCUUUAGUGGCACCUGAGAGAUCUGUGAAAUGGCAUGGGAGUUUGGUAGCUAGGUUGUUGUUAGAGGAUCGCAAUCUGUCCUUAAGUGAUUCUGUUUCAGAUUGGAGUUAUAGUCUUCUUUCUACUGUUUCACAGGCAAGUAAAAAUGAGGACAUUCCUUUAGCCCAGGUUGCUUUGUCUGCUUUUAUGGUUUCGGUUGAGAGAAGCCACAAGGCCAAAAAAAUAGUGAUGGAGAAAGGUCUUCAUUUACUGAGGGACACUGCUAAACGAAUGACAAUGCAUAAGCAUGUGCAAGACACAUUGGCAAAAGCACUAGAAUUGCUUUGUACUGGGGACAUGCAUUUAUCUCUUGAAGAGAGUCAAAAGUGGUCUGGUAUAUUGCUUCGUUGGGUUUUUGGUAAAGAUUCCUCUGACACUGUACAAUCAUCUGCCAUAAAGAUCCUUUCUUGUAUCCUUGAAGAUUAUGGACCAUCUACUGUACCGAUUUCUCAAGCGUGGUUAGCUAUUAUCCUAUCUGAAAUUCUGGCUUCCACCAAGACAUCAUCUGUCAAAGAAAACAGUCAGCCUAAAAGUGACAAAGUCAAGACUCAAAUCGAUCAAUCUAAGGUUCAUUCUGCUGCACAAACUGCUAAUCAAUUAGCAGGUUCUGUUGUUAAUCUAGCCAGAAACCAGCUGGCCACUGGUUCUGUAGAUGUGUUGCCACUGGCAGAUCUUCUGUCUUUGGAACCUUUCAUGGGAUCACUUAAAAAUCUUAAAAAAGAUAGUUUGGCUAAGUUUGAUGCAGCAGAUUCUGCAUUGGCAACCCUUAAAGGGAUCAAAGCACUGACUGAAAUUAGUGCUGAAGAUUCCACAUUUCAGGAAAAAAUAACUGCUUUUGGCAUUCUGUGCUUGCUGAGACGUUUUCUGUUAAGUGAUGAUUAUGAGAAACUUGCUGCAAUUGAAGCUUAUGAUGCAUCUAAAACAUUAGAGGCACAGGAACGGGUUCCAAAUGGUCCUGUGGAAACAGCUAUUUCUGAUUCAAAUGAUUCAUCUAGUGUCCGUGUUCCGCCCACAGCUCACAUUCGUAGGCAUGCUGCUCGGCUGUUAACAAUCCUUUCACUUCUUCCAAAAGUUCAGAAGCUUGUUCUGGCAGAUGAAACUUGGUGUAAUUGGCUUGAAGAUUGUGCGAAUGGAAAGAUACCGGGUUGCAGUGACCUUAAGAUACAAAGUUAUGCUAGGGCCACACUUUUAAAUAUAUUUUGCAAUAACGAAGUUGACAGAGACUCUGUAAAUAGAAAUCUUCCCGACAUUUCGAACAAAAGUAAGAAAUGUCCCCAAUAUGGUGACAUGGUAUUUUUAAUCAAUCCUGAAAUGCCUCAUUGGAAGUGUCCUGAAGAUGUAGAUGAAGACACUGUUCGAAGGAAGAAAUCCUCCUUGGCUGAGGCUAAUACAGUUGCCAGUGAGAUUACGCCUGUAAACCCACCUCAAAAUGAUGAUAACUGCUCUAGUUCUGUUGAUGUAUCUAACAGUGGCUCACAGCCAGAACCGCCUCUGCUAGAUGUUGUUUUUAUUCAUGGAAUCCGUGGUGGGGCUUAUAGGUCUUGGCGCAUGGCUGACAACAAAUCUUCAACUACAUCUGGCUUGGUGGAGAAGAUUGAUCAGGAAGCAGGGAAACUAGGAACAUUUUGGCCAGGUGAAUGGCUUUCAUCUGACUUCCCUCAAGCUCGUAUGUUUACUAUCAAAUACAAGACAAAUCUUUCAAAAUGGUCUGGAGCUAGCGUGCCUCUCCAGGAAGUUAGCUCCAUGCUAUUUGAAAAGCUUGUCGCUGCAGGCAUUGGGAAUCGACCCGUUGUGUUUGUGACACACAGCAUGGGAGGGUUGGUUGUCAAGCAGAUGCUGUAUAAAGCCAAGGCAGAGAAUGUUGAUAACCUUGUGAACAACACCAUUGGAGUGGUGUUCUAUAGCUGCCCACAUUUUGGCAGCAAACUAGCAGACAUGCCUUGGCGAAUGGGCCUCGUGUUUCGCCCUGCCCCCACUAUAGGGGAGCUAAGAAGUGGGUCUCCUAGAUUAAUAGAGCUUAAUGACUUCUUUCGACACCUUCAUAAGAAAGGGAUGCUUGAUGUUCUCAGUUUCUGUGAGACCAAGGUAACUCCAAUUGUUGAAGGUUAUGGAGGAUGGGCUUUCCGAAUGGAAGUAGUACCCAUUGAGUCUGCAUAUCCUGGAUUUGGUGAACUUGUUGUUUUAGAGUCAACCGAUCAUAUUAAUUCAUGCAAACCGAUCAGCCGAUCUGAUCCUUCAUAUAAAGAAACACUAGAGUUUUUGCAAAAGAUGAAAGCCCGUUAUACAUGAAUAGAUGCUUUUGUUAUGAAUUCUUUGCAUAAAAUUUGCCGAAGUGACCAUGACCAACUUCUGGAGCUGGGUUUUGAAUGUGGUGUUUAACACAACCAAACACAAGCAUAGAAGCUGCAGAAGACAAACUUUGACAGUUCUGAUUACAAUUCAUAGGGCAAAUCUGGCAGCCUGUUUAUCAGAAUACUCAAACCUCCUGAGAUGAUGAUGCCCUUGGACAUGGUGUUGUUAAUCAUUGUCCAAUACACAACAUUUUUUUUUAACUAAUUUUUUUGUAAAUAAAUCAUAUAUGUUCAGAAUCUCAGAUCAGUUUCCUCUGUUUUUAUUCAUUCCUAACAUUUUUUUUUCCUUAUUAGUUUAACUACUGUGAUUACUUUGGUGGCAGCCGCAUCUGUAUGCUUGCUCCACUCCCAAUGGUUCAUUUGUUUUAUUCA